AUGUGUGUGUAUGCCGGGAUCCGGUUCGCAUCGUCCGACGACGGAACGGACGGAUACGGCACGGAGUGGCUCACCUACUACGAUGAGAAUGGAACCGAGCACACUAUGAACUUCUCUGCGUUGCCGGACGAUUUCACGGGCUGGAAGUACGGAGGCGUUUAUUUUUACCUCUACACCAGGAACAACCCAAACGAUCCAGAAAACUUGCAAAUAGAAAAGAAUGGUGAAAUAAGGAGCCAGUAUUUCGACGCCUCAAGAGACACCAAAGCUCUGACACACGGUUGGUUAUCCAGCGGCAAUGAUACCUGGAUACUUAUGCAGAAGAGCUAUUUCUUAGACGCAUCGGAUUUGAACGUGAUCAUAGUAGACUGGCAUGAGUUGGCAAGGGAACCGUCAUACGUGUUGGCGGUGUUAUCCACGCGGUACGUGGGUAAACGGCUCGCGAAGGUGCUGGAUUCGUUGGUGGACAACUAUAAUACGACGGGAGAACGAAUGCACUUGGCAGGACACAGCUUGGGGGCUCACGUAAUGGGAUACGCUGGCAUGUUUUUUAGUAAAGAUAUAUUUAGAAUCACUGGACUGGACCCCGCUCGUCCGCUGUUCGAAUUACCGCAGUUGCCGGACGAUUUCCGCCUGGACAGAACCGACGCCAUCUUCGUCGACAUCAUCCACACGUGUGCAGGAGUCCUUGGGUACAACGACAGCCACGGGGCCAUGGACUUUACCCCAACGGGGGAACUUCCCCGCAACCGGGCUGUGAAGGCGAUCGGGGACAUAGAGGUAAAGUGGCAAGACCACAGCCGGGCGUACGAGUACUUCUCAGAAUCCAUUCAAGGCGGCGCACCAUUCUCGUCCUACCUGUGCGGAGACUACGAGGCGUUCGAGCGCGGAGAGUGCAGCACCGACACGGCAGACAUGGGAGCCCCGGCUGCGCUGGGCACCGAGGGGAACUACUACCUGCAUACUAAUAACCAGUCUAAGUACGCCAUGGGAGACGAGUAUUAG